AUGUAGUGUGUGUAAUGUUUUCUUUAGUGAUUUAAUGUAUUUUUUAUGCAUUAUUUAAAAAAAAUAUUAGCAUUUUGCACUCCUUCUCUACAUCCUCUAUAAGUUCGAUUACGUCGGCGGCAGAUAAUAUUUGUUAUAAAAACAAUAUUUAUAAUUGUUUUUGAUCACACAACUGGAGGAACACGGUCCGUAAUACAAUCACCAGAAGAUAAAAUGGCCACCAAUAUUGUGCUCCUCGUUUGCUUUCAAGUACUAUUAGUUCAGACUGCCUUCAGUCAAUGCCUUGGCCGUGAUCCCCUAUUGGGAGGACUGGGCCCGUAUGGCCCUGGUUGGGGACCUUACGACCCUAUUGGCCCGUUCGAUGGUUCGGUCUACGGCGCACCAUAUUCAUCAGGGUUCAUCACUCCUGGCAGUUUGGCCGCAUCAUGCGGCGGAGGCCUGGCUGUUACGAGCAAUUCACCGAUCACUCCCACUGGUCUGACGGUUACCUCUGAGAAUUCUAUCGAAGGUACCGUCUCUGUGGUGGGACAGCUGCCGUUCCUGGGUGCGGUGGCUACUGAUGGCGCGUUCCCCACUGCUGGACUUGGGGCUGUGGUGUACGGCUGCGGUGAUGGCGCUAUUGGCAUAGUUUCCGAAGCCCCUAUUUCCGCUCCCGGUCCUGUCGGCUAUGGCGGAUGGCCGGGAGUUGGCUAUAAAGGACCCUGUGGAUGUGGUGGAAUUUAUUAAAUAAUUAAUUGUUAAUUGUUACCUUUUGUGUGUAAUAAAUCUUUUGUAGAAUGUA